AUGACUCGAUUGGUAUUUUUGUGUACAUUUUUAGUGUUCACUUGUGGCAGCAGCAGUGCCACACCUCCAUAUGAUGGUCGAAUUGUGGGCGGACAGCUGACAGAUAUACGUGAUUUUCCCUACCAGGCCUCAAUACAAUUGCAUGGCCAGCAUAUCUGUGGUGGCGCCAUUAUCGGGGAUUACUUCAUACUAACUGCGGCUCACUGCUUUACGGAGCCCUGGGUUGUGCCCGACUACAGUGUCCGUGUGGGAGCCACAGAGCACGCCUCGGGUGGAGAAUUACUCAGCCUCCGCCAGAUCAUACGCCAUGGAGCCUACAAUAGUCAGACACAUGACAACGACCUGGCCCUGUUGCUGCUCAAUGCGAGGCUUAACUACACCGAAGUACUGCAAGCGGUGCAGUUGGCCAGUGCAAAGGAUUUACUGACGCCGAAUACGCGACUCUUAGUCAGCGGCUGGGGCUAUCAGAGCGAGAGCGGUGAGGAGGGCGUCUCGCCAGCGUUGCGCUAUGUGGAUUUGGCUGUAGUGGAUCCACAAAUUUGUCGUCACGCCUAUCGCAAUGUGUUGCCCGUUACCAAGCGCAUGCUCUGCGCCGCUCGCGACGGUCAAGACAGUUGCCAAGGUGACUCCGGUGGUCCGCUCGUCGGUUAUCAGCCGGACGGCACACAAGGCAAGCUCUACGGCAUCGUGUCCUGGGGUAUUGGCUGUGCGCAACCCGAAUAUCCGGGCGUUUAUACGAGUGUGGCGUCAUUUAGGAAUUGGAUUGAUGCACAGGUGGGCGCCUGGGGCUGGAAUAGUCUGCUGGCGGGCUGGAGUGGUCUACAAAGAUUAAGUUAGGGCAAGUGAUAGUAACAAAAAAGUUUGAGUUAAAGAUUGGUUUAAGUGUACUUUAGAUAAUACGAACACAAAACUGUAAGCAAUUAAAAAUUCAAUUUACAAUAUUGUAAUUAAAAUUUAGAAG